AUGCACUUCAAAAGCCAUAUUUUCCCGGGGAGAUCCCUGCAAGGAACCGUUUUCCCGAGAAACAAACAAGGCAUAAAGCAAUUCAGUUCAUUAUCAAUAGAUGAAUCCUGCACCCCCACCAUUACAGACCUUAUAUCAAAGCAACACUGGUCAAAACUCAAAACCCAUGUCCAAAACGCAGACCCCACCACAGUACUUCAACAGCUACUCAAUUCUGGAGCUGAUCCAGAACUCAAUUUAAGGUACUUAACUUGGUCACAGAGAGAGUUUAAGCUUUCACAGUCACUAGAGCUCACUUUUAGAAUCUUACACUCACUUGCACUUGCAAAAAAGUAUUCAAAGAUUAGAUCUUUUUUGGAUAAGUUUGUUAAGGAUGAGAAGGAUUAUUCAGUUUCUGCUGUAUUUCAUGCUAUUUCUUUGAGUGGUGAUUCCUUUUGUGUUAAAUCAAUAGUAGCUGAUAUGUUGGUAUUAGCAUAUGUGCGAAAUCUAAAGACUUUAAGGGGUUUUGAGGCAUUUAAGAGAGCUGGUGAUUAUGGUUUUAAGUUAUCUGUCACUUCUUGUAAUCCACUGUUGAGUGGUUUGGUUAAGGAGGGUAAAAUUAGGGAUGUGGAGUUCGCGUACGGGGAGAUGAUUAAGAGGAAGAUCGAGCUUGAUGUGAUUAGUUUUAAUACUGUGGUUAAUGGGUUGUGUAAAGUUGGGAAAUUGAAUAGGGCUGGUGAUUUAACGGAGGAUAUGAAAGUGUGGGGAGUUUCACCGAAUGUGAUCACGUAUAAUACUCUCAUUGCUGGGUAUUGUAAGAUGGGUAGAAUUGGGAAGAUGCAUAAAGCUGAUGCUGUUUUGAAGGAGAUGGUGGCGAAAGGGGUUUCUCCGGAUGAGGUUACUUAUAAUAUUUUGAUCGAUGGAUUUUAUAAGGAUGAGAAUGCGUCAGGUGCUACGAGGGUGUUUGGAGAAAUGCAAAGGAAGGGUUUGAAACCAAAUGUAAUGACAUAUAAUAUACUGAUUAAUGGGCUGUGCAGUGAUAAGAAGGUUGACGAGGCUGUGGCGUUAUGGGAUCAAAUGGUUAGUUCUGGUUUGGAGCCGAAUGUUGUGACUCAUAAUACGCUUCUAAAUGGCUUCUGUAAGAAUAAAACAGUGAACGAAGCAAUCAAGUUAUUCAAUGAUAUGGCAAAAAAAGGAGUUGAUCCUAAUGCCAGGACAUAUACUACAUUGAUUGAUGCUUACUGUAAGGAUCGGAGGCUGGAGGAUGCAUUUGCACUACGUGAUUCGAUGAUAGAUAGAGGGGUUUUCCCUGAAGUUUCAACAUACAACAGCUUAAUUGCUGGUUUAUGUAGAAAGGGAGAUGUGGAAGCAGCUAUGAAACUUAUGGAUGAAAUGGCUGGUAAGAAAUUGAAUCCUGAUAUUGUCACCUAUAACAUACUGAUAGAUUCGCUGUGCAAUCGAGGGGAGUCAAGAACGGCGGUGAAACUCUUGGAUGAGAUAUUCAGCAAAGGAUUAAACCCAACUCACGUGACGUACAAUACUCUGAUGGAUGGAUAUUGCAGGGAAGGAAAUCUUCGGGCGGCAUCGAAUGUGAGGAAACGGAUGGAAAGUAAAGGGAAACAAGCAAAUGUUGUCACAUACAAUGUGCUGAUAAAGGGUUUUUGUUUGAAGGGGAAGCUUGAAGAUGCAAAUGGACUUCUGAAUGAGAUGUUGGAGAGGGGUUUGGUGCCAAACCGAACAACUUAUGAGAUUAUUAAAGAGGAAAUGAUGGUGAAAGGCUUUGUUCCAGACAUAGAAGGACAUUUCUAUAAUGUUUCUGGCACCGAUUCAAAGAGAAAAUGA